AUGCAAAGCCAACAAGACAACGACGACGGCCCACCACCCGGAUGGCAACCUAUCCCUGCUCCCCACCGCACACAGCCACUUCCAUCCGGUUUUGCUCAAAUGGUUUGUGGUUCUUGUAGACGUCUGCUUUCGUAUCCAUCAGGUGCCAAACAUGUCAAAUGUUCAUGCUGUCAAACGGUCAACAUUGUCUUUGAAGCUGAUCAGGUCGGGCAAGUUAAGUGUGGGAGUUGUACGCUAUUGCUAAUGUAUCCAUAUGGCGCUUCACAGGUCAGGUGUUCAUCAUGCCGGUUUGUGACAGAAAUCGGGGCAAACAACAAGCGGCCUCCAUGGUCUGUACAACAAAGUAAACCAACUCUUCCCAAAGCUAGCUGUUAG